UAAAAAAUGAAAGCAAUCAUCUGCCUGCUCGCUGUCGUAGCCGUGGCCCUUGCCGCCCCCCAGGACGGUGCCGCUCUGACGAACGAAGCCAUCCGGCAGGCACAGUCGCAGCAGCUGAUACCGCGCGAUGCUACCAUCCAGGGCGUGCAGGAGGGCAUCCAGGUGGCGGCCAUUGAAUCCAUCCCCGGAAGCCAACGCGUCGACCUCUUCCAGCUGCUGGGCGAUCAGGUACCACAGGAGGUCAUCACCAAUCUGCAGUCCCAGGUUGACCAGGUCGGACAAAACUAA